AUGAAAGCUCCGUAUGCCCAUAACUUGGAUUAUGACUCUCGUCAAUUAAUUGAACAAUUAAUGCUUACACCAAAUGAUAAAAGAACACCGUUAAACCAAAUAUUCUUUGAUGUAGCUGUUGGAUUUAAUAAAAGAACCGAAUAUCGAAUGUUAUGGUUUAGAUUUGAUAUAAGAAAAUUAUAUUUUCUAAGACAUGGAGAUCCAAGAGAAGAACUUUUAUUCUCAUCUUUUUCAUUUGUUACAUUAGAAGAUAAUAAUUCGAAGAUUAAAUUAAUUGUAACUGAUUUUGUAGAGAAUCCAAAAACAUACUUUAUUAUUACUCAAUCACAGAGCGAUACAUUACAAAUUUUUCAAUUACUCCGAGGUAUUUCUACACGUCCUACUAUGUUAUUUUUUGAACAAGAUUUUUAUCAAGACUAUGUUAAUAAAAAAAGAACUGUUGCUUGUAAAAAAAGAGGUCAAACUGCAUGGGCAAGAAGAGAUAUGAUUAUAUUUAAUGGAUUAUUUGUAUUAUAUGGAGAAACAGGAAGAAUUCCACUUACUAUGUGUCCUAUGUGUGAUAAAGUUAACAUUAUGAGACACCCAAGAAAUGUUUUGGAAAUUACUACAUCAAUAAGAAGAAUAUUAUUACAUUUUGAUAGUGAUAUAGAUAUGAAUGAUACAUACGAAUGUUUAUUGACUUGUGAUCAAUAUAUUCGUCAACCCAUAAUGUUUCCUGUAAAAGAUUUCUUUACAGGUAAAUUAGGAGAUUUACACCAAAGCUGUAGAGAGGUUUGUAUUAAAAAUAUGUUGUAUCCAGAAGAGUGUUUUGAUAAUUUUCCUGUUCUUUGUGAAAUACUUCGUGCAGUUACAAAAAAAAGAUGUGUUACUGUUGGAGAUCGUAAAACAACAAAAAAAGAAGAAGAAGAACUUACAAGAAGACCACCACCUCCUCCUCAAGUUCCAUUACAAGAAGAUGAUUUAGGACAAUAUUGUAUUAAAGAAGAUCCUAAGAAGUAUUAUAGUAAUUUUGUUUCAGUAGGUAAAGGUGGAUUUGGAGAAGUGUUCAAAGCAACAAGAAAAGAAGAUGGAGCUGCUGUAGCUUUAAAAGUACUUCGUCAUAGUGUUGAUGAAAGAUAUGCAAAGAUAGGGUGUGAAGUUGCAAGAAUGAAAUUGUGGGAUCAUCCUAAUUUAAUUAAAACAAUUGGAUGUUUUUUAUAUGACCAUAAAGUAUACAUUGGAAUGGAAUUUUGUUCUGGAGGAACAUUAAAGUCAAUGUUAAAGCCAAGGAAUCAAGGGUUAUCAUUUAGUGAAAUUGCUUAUAUUCUUAAACAAUCAUUACAGGGAAUUGCUUAUAUUCACCAAACAGGAUUUAUUCAUAGAGAUAUAAAAACUGCAAAUAUUUUAAUGGAUGACCAUUACUGUGUUAAAGUGAUUGAUUUUGGUUUAGUAGUUAGAAAGUCAUCACAACCACAAAACCGUGCUGGUUCAAAAUCGUAUAUGGCACCAGAAGUUAUUAAACAAAUACCUUAUGACGAAAAAGUUGAUAUUUGGAGUAUUGGAUGUGUUGCACAAGAAUUACUUGAAUCCCAGCCACCUUACAAAGAACAUGGUGUUAUUAAAGGAAUGUUUAAAACAGCUGCAUUUGGAGCACAAUAUCUUAGAGAUGAAACAAAAGCAAUCGAACCAUUUGUAGAUUUUGUUAAUAAAUGUUUUGCUUAUGACCCAAGAGAUAGACCUUCAUGUGAUGAAUUAUUAACACAUAAAUUCUUACAGUAUGCUCAACAAUCAAAUUAUAUGAGAAGGUGUUAUGAAAUUCCUUGA